CCUUGUGUCACCUCUAAAUCCAGGUGAGAAAAUCGUUGACCGACUUUCUCACCAGCGCGUGAAGAAUUGUAAGGGGUAGAUAACUGGUGAGGAAUGUACACAGGGUAGCGUUUGUGUAGAUCGAGGUAAACAAACUACCUGACAAACAAAAAAUGUUUUCAUUGGCGCGCUGUCCUUUUUUUCAAGAUAAAUUGAUAAUGGAUGAUGAGACUGAUCAGAACAUUUAGAUGAAACAGAUUCUCAUCGAAUAGCUGUCGUUCUGUACGAAGGAAACAAAAGGAAAUAUGCGGAGCAUCUCGGCCAAAAGUCACGUGACAUUGUUUGAGGAAAGGGACGACUCGGCGAGAGCUGUUGGUUACUCGUGCGAUUGCUCCCCCCACUUUUCGCGAUUCGCCUCGAACGACCAGUCGUCGGCCGCGGAGUAAUGUUUUGUGCAAUCUGCAAUGCUCAGUGUGUCGUGUGACUCGUAUAAAGUGUUCUGAAGGCCAGGAAUAGCAGCCAUGGCGCAAACAAAAUGCUUGCUUUUGACCGGCACAUUUAUCUUACUGCUGGCUGCAGGGUGGCAUUGCUGCCAGUCCCAGACACCAUCAUCCUUACCUGCCUCUCCAAACCGCACUUUUGGAUACUUUAAUGCGACUUCCCAGGUGACGCUGCCGUCAUCGACAUGGAACCUGCAAAACACAAAAGAAGUGACAUUCAGGACGUGCAUGCCAGAUGGCACAUUUCUCCUGCAAACGGCAGCCUCUGUGAGCACUGGUGGUGCCCACCAUUUUAAACUUUAUUUGAGUAAUGGCACUGUGGUGUUCCAGUGGAGCUUGGGGACAGGCAGCAGCAUCUACAACAUCUCUACAGGCAGCAAUUUAGCAAACAACCAGCAGUACACAGUGAGGUUGACGUUUUUCCUUGGGGUGAUCAACCUAUAUGUGCUUCAGCAAAGUGUCAUCAAGUACAGUGCCACUGUGGCCAACUCCACAUUCAACAGCAACUUACUGUCUGCUGUAAUUAGUUCUACUGACCUGCUUGUGGGGCAGAACUUCACAGGAUGUUUGUUCUAUGGUCCUGGUGUGAAUUUUGCAUUGGCACUUGUGGCAGCAAAUGUUGCAUGGAACACGUGCCCAUUGCAGACAAGAUCAGGAUGUUCUGAAGUUGAAGCUGACGGGGAUAACUGCUAUUCAGUCAUCUGCCAAAAUGGCGGAACGUGCAAAGAUGGUUACAGAAAUUACACCUGUCAAUGUCUACCAAACUUCAAUGGCACUCUCUGCGAGAAUGAUCUUGCAAGGAUGUAUGGUUGUCAAAUUCAGCCAUGCCUGAAUGGUGCCACCUGUGUUCCCCAAACUCCCUCCACAACAGGUGGCUUUCCAUACCACUGUAACUGUGUUCCAGGCUAUGCUGGUCAGAAUUGUGAAACUGAGCUCAAUGAAUGCCAGAAGAACCCUUGUAAAAAUGGCAUCUGUAAUAGGCAGGUCAAUGGAUAUACUUGCAACUGCACAGGUACAGGUUUCAUGGGCACCAACUGCAGUGAGGACAUUAAUGAAUGUAACAGCUCACCUUGUGGUAUUGGCAACUGUUUUAAUAUCGCAGGUAGUUACAGCUGUGAAUGCCCUUUUGGCUAUGGUGGACCACACUGUCAGGAUAUUAAUGAAUGUCUUUCCUCACCUUGCCAAAAUAAUGGAACGUGUGUUGAUGGCCUGGCCAGCUUCACCUGUAGGUGUCCCCGUGGCUUCAAUGGCAGUCAGUGUGAACACAAUAUUGAUGACUGCAUUAAUAUCGUCUGUCCAGGAACCUUUAGAAUGUGUCAGGACCUUGUUGAAAGUUAUCAGUGUGUGUGUCUUCCUGGAUAUACAGGAGCAGCUGGGUCUGGCCCUUGCACUGAAAUCAAUGAAUGUUUGUCUAACCCAUGUCAGAAUAAUGCAACAUGCCAAAAUCUUAUCAAUGGCUAUAGGUGUAGUUGUUUACCGGGAUAUUCCGGCACCAACUGCCAGACAAAUAUAGAUGAUUGUGCCAGAAUACCUUGCGAAAAUAAUGCAACUUGCAUUGAUGGUGUCAACUCAUUCUGGUGUCAGUGUCAGCCUGGCUUCACAUCCUACAACUGCAGCACCAAUAUCAACGAGUGUCUUGGCAACAACUGCAAAAAUGGGGCCACUUGUAUUGAUCUUGUAAAUGGCUUCAGGUGUUCAUGUGCAGCAGGAUGGACAGGUGAAACUUGUGAAAGAGACAUAGAUGACUGUGCACCAAGACCUUGUUUACAUGGAUCUUGUGUUGAUCAUCUGGGAUAUUACACCUGCAACUGUGCACCUGGUUAUACAGGGAGUAACUGUGAUGUUGAUAUUAAUGACUGCUCACCAAACCCAUGUCUGAAUGGAGCUACUUGCACAGACAAAGUGAAUAAUUACACUUGUACGUGCUCAACAGAGUGGAUGGGCAGAAACUGUACUGAGGAGUACGAUGCAUGUUCAUUCCAUCCUUGCCAAAACAAUGCCAGUUGUACAUCCUUGAAGAGGCAGCGUAGUUACAACUGUGCUUGUCUCCUUGGCUUUAAUGGCACCAAUUGUGAAAACAACAUUGAUGAUUGUCUGGGAGUGACUUGUGAACGUUACCAUGUUUGUUUUGAUGGAAUCCACAAUUAUACCUGCGCAUGUCCCCGAGGAUUCACAGGUUUAAAUUGUUCAACUGACAUUAAUGAAUGUGAAAGCAACCCAUGCCAAAAUAAGGGUAACUGCACUAACUCCAUUGGUGGCUACAACUGCACUUGUGCCACUGGAAUUAAAAAUCCAGAUCACUACCAAACUGGCUGGACAGGUGUCAACUGUGAGACUGACAUCAAUGAGUGCAAUUAUGACCCACCAAUAUGUAAGAAUGGUGGCGUGUGCACGAAUCUGCCAGGAAGACACAGCUGCAGCUGCACUACACAGACUGAAGCAGGCGAAUUAAUCACUGGCUACAACUGUGAAUUGGUGACAUCGUACUGUACAUUUGAUGGGAAGAAGAAGUGUGAAAAUGGAGGAACGUGUAUUGGCAGAACUGGAGGCUAUGAUUGUCUGUGUGCUGCAGGCUUCACAGGUGCUGACUGCGAAAUAGAUAUAAACGAGUGUGUGUCAUCUCCUUGCCAAAAUAAUGGAACUUGCAUAGACAGAGUCAAUGGUUACAUGUGCCAGUGCAUUCCAGGUAUCACAGGUGGAAACUGUGAAACUAACAUUGAUGAGUGUGCAAGUAGCCCUUGUGGACAUGGUGCAUGUAUAGAUCAGGUCAAUGGUAGUGAUGAGGACAGUAAUACAACCUGGUGUCAGGGGCCUUCCUGUCUUGAUACCAGCCAUCGAUUCAUCUGUGAUUGCUUCAAUACUGGUUUUCAAGGAGAUUUUUGUCAAAACAAUAUUGAUGACUGCUUGAAUGCUACCUGCCAACAUAACAGCACUUGCUUGGAUCAAAUUAAGGGCUAUGCUUGUGACUGUUUAGCUGGCUACACUGGCUUGUCAUGUGAAGGAGACAUCCUUGAAUGUGCCUCAAACCCCUGUCAGUAUAAUGGAACAUGCCUAGAGUACUCUAACCAGACUCUUUACACACAAAAUCAUCUAGGAUUUUCCGUCUUCUCAUAUGCAACAGCUGCUGGAUACAAGUGUGAAUGUAUUUCUGGCAUCACAGGAGCAAACUGUGAGACCAACAUUGAUGAUUGUGUGCCUGGAGCUUGCCAGAAUGGUGGUACUUGUCAGGAUCUUAUCAAUAAUUUCACCUGCUUGUGUGCUUCUGGAUACCGUGGAAGCCGCUGCGAGACCGAGAUAAACGAAUGCCUGGAGUAUCGACCAUGCCAGAAUGGAGCCACAUGCAAGGACUUGAUUGCGGAUUACACCUGUCAGUGUCGAGCGUUCACUAUGACUGCAGCUAACUAUGGAGGGAAAAACUGCAGCGUGUAUUUGCGUGGCUGUGAUGUAAUCCAUCCAUGCCUUCAGGGCCAGUGCAUACCUCUUUUGUUGGAUGAAGCUUCAGAUAGGCAUGGCUACAGAUGUGAGUGUUACUCGGGCUUUACAGGAACAUUCUGCAAUCAGUCAACCACCAUGACAUUCAGCGCCACCGGUAGCAAAAUUUGGUAUGCACCAGAUGCAGGGGACAGUAGUUCUUUGUCACUGCGCUUCCGGACAACACUACGAGAAGCUGUUCUUGUGCUGUACAGUUUUUCAACAGAUAAUUUUGUGUCACUUGAAAUUCAUGGAGGACAGUUGGUAGUUAAAUAUCAGGACAACAGCACUCAGAUUAUUCAAAGCGUGGAGGCUCAGGACCGGGUCAAUAAUGCAGAAUGGCAGCAGGUCUUGCUCAGCUUGGGCCAAAACAUAUCUGUUGUGCUGAUUUCAAAAGUUUGUGGAACACAGCGAUGUCUCACACAGUUUAACUACCCACUGGGGAAGCCCAGCACCCACCAAACUUUAAUCUACUUUGGAUACCUUGACUCUCCGUUACGUGUGAGGACUGUUUCACAACAAACUUAUGUUGGCUGCAUGGAAGACAUCAAAAUCAACAACAUUUACUUCUUUGAUGGGCAACCACAGGGUCAGUACCAGAACAUGACACAUGGGUGUCCACGAAUAGAGCAGUGCGAUCCUUACACAUGUUCUCGCCAUGGCACUUGUGUUGAUUUUUGGGAUACAUUUAACUGCGAAUGUGAUCGGCCCUAUUGGGGAACCCGAUGCGAGAAAGAGUACACAUCAGCAACCUUUUAUAAAGAUGGCAACCCAAGCAUGGUUCGUUUUGCUCUCACUGCUAAUGUCACUAGCUCUUUUCAAAGUGGCAUAGAAAUUUCUUUCUUCAUGCGUACACGAGAAGAAGAUGGUAUUAUCAUGUAUCUUGGCAACUUUGAACAAGAAGGGACACUCACAUACAUCACUUUAGAGAUGAAUGGUGGCCGUUUGGCAGUACGGUUGCGUUUCUGCACUUUUGGCAAUUUCUUUAACUCAUCUGGAGGUGUUCUUAAUGGAGGAUCCAUAAACUUUGUACGUCUGAACUUUACUUCCUCAACUCUUGUCUUAGAAGUGAACCAGCAAGUAGUUAUUUACCAAAACAUACCUACACCUCCCUGUAACCUGACUGCAGCAUUAAUCCUACUGGGUAAAGUGGUUACACCAUCCAGCCCAACAAUUCGUAGAAAGCGACGCCAGGCUAAUACAGAGCUCUCAACAGUGUUGAGCUUGCAGCCUUUUAAUGGUGUGGUACAGGACGUUCGGCUGCAAGGCUUUAAGCUGGAUUUCUACGACCGCAAUGCUUCAGGUGAUACAAUGGUGUUAAAGAUGACAGAUUCGCAGAACCUCACCUUGGGCACUUAUUCAACGCAGAAUGUUUGCAACAUAAGUCGGCCCUGUGAUAAUGGAGGGACUUGCCAUGAUGUCUUCUUCAAUGACUUCAGCUGUGAUUGUCCUGCUGGUUAUCUGGGAAAAAACUGCAGCCAGCUUGAUUUUUGCAAAAACAACAGUUGUCCCAGCUGGGCUACAUGCAAAAGUCUACAGAUUGGCUUUGAAUGUAUUAGCACUGGAUCGUUCAAUGGAAUUAACAGUGUGGUGCAGUUCCAGAAGAAUUUGACAGGCUAUCUCCCUUUCCAGGAGCUGUCUUUUCGUCUUCGCACACAAGCAAUUUAUGGCGUCAUAUUUGAAGCUAGAAAUAACAACUUUUUCAUAAAAGUCCGUCUUUGGGAUGGAAGCUUGCAAAUCAACUACCUUUUGAAAAGUGGGUGGUCUGAAGUUGUUCACUUAACACCACACUUUGAAGUCAAUGAUGGCCUUUGGUCAGAUGUUAAAUUGGACGUCACCAAUAACAGUCUGGUUUUGAUGUUGAGCAGAAAUGGAAGUAUCUUGGUAGAAAGUGAAAAGCGUACUUUAGAAGGGGCUGUUGUGAACUUUGCUUCUUUAGUGGAAGAUGGCAUCGUGACUGUUGGCGGAGUUGCUGACAUGAAGGAACAGGCAUUCAAAGGCUGCCUGGAAGAGGUCAGAGUUGGUGGACUUCUUCUGCCCUUUGUAACUAGAUCUCAAAUGGUCAACAAUGAUGCAGUCCAACACUUCAUAGCAAUGUCUACAAGCAGCAUUCAACAAGGGUGCCUUGUUCCAACCCCUUGUGCGAAAAACAUUUGCUACAACAGUGCACAGUGUUAUGAGUCGAGCAGAGGUUAUCAGUGCCAAUGCCCAGUUGGUUACACUGGUCAGUACUGUCAAGCUAAUGUGAAUGACUGUUUUUCAAACCCAUGCCAGAAUGGAGGGCAGUGUGUGGAUGGUGUCAAUACUUUCACUUGCAAAUGUCGUCCAGGAUUUCAAGGAUCAAAGUGUGAAUAUUCAGACGACCUCUGCAGCAACUCAUCUUGCCCCAACAACAGCCAGUGUGUGCAAGAUUCCAAAUUUUCCAGAGGUUACAGAUGCAAUUGUUCCAAUCAAAAUUUCACUGGGGAUUUCUGUAAUGUCACGGUACAUCAGAACUGUACACAAGAACUGUGCCAUAAUAGUGGCAACUGUACCCAGAAUGCAUCUUCAUUUUCCUGCAGUUGUGCUCUUGGUUUUCUUGGACCCCUCUGUGAGUCCAAAGAAAACUUUUGUGCAAGCUUGCCAUGUUUAAAUAAUGGAAGUUGUACAUUCAAUUCAUCUGGGUAUACAUGCUCCUGUCCUGCAGGCUUCUCAGGACGUAAUUGUGAGCCGAUUAUCACGUGCACCAACACCACCUGUAAAAAUGGUGGAGUCUGUGCUGAUGACAAUAACUGCAGAUGCACUGCAGGAUGGAUUGGUAGAACAUGUGAAACUGAUGCGAAUGAAUGUAACUUUAACCCAUGUGCUCACGGAAGUUGCAUCAACAUGAAUGGGAGUUAUUCCUGCAAUUGCACAGACACUGGAUAUGGUGGUGUAAACUGCACUGAUGAGCUGAAUGAGUGCGAUCUAGGAUUCUGUCAACAUGGUACCUGCAAUGAUACAGAAGGAAACUACACUUGUAGCUGCGACAAUGGUUACAAGGGUCUGAACUGUUCGAUUGCCACCUGUGAUAAUAUCAUCUGUGAGAAUAAUGGCACAUGUACUAUUACUGAUGAUCAUACAGCAUGGAAAUGCCACUGCCCUCAGUAUUAUGGAGAUCCUUUUUGUAGGCUUAAAGGGCCGUGUCUCAAAAGUCCUUGCAAUUCCUCAAACACAGAUUAUUGCAAUCAGACAGAAGAUUUCUACAUCACAAACUCAUCUCGGCAGUGUAUAUGUAAAGCAGGUUGGGAAGGAGACUCAUGCUCAGAUGAUAAAAAUGAAUGCAGCAAUACCAAUUUAUGUCUGAAUGGUGCCUCUUGCCAGAACACACCUGGUGACUUUAUGUGUCAGUGUCCUUCUGGUUAUGAUGGUAAGCAUUGUGAUCAUGACAUUGACGAAUGCGCAUCCAGCCCUUGCCAGAAUAAUGGUGUUUGUUCCCAAACUAUAAACAACUACACCUGCAGCUGUAAUGGCACAGGGUAUCAAGGGCAAAACUGCACAGAGGACAUAAACGAAUGUGAGGAAAGCUCUCAGUGUAACAAUGGUAACUGCAGCAACACUGUUGGAAACUUCACCUGCCUUUGUGGUGACCUUUACUUGGGUAGGUUUUGCGAGUACAACAACCCCUGCAGUGGGCAGGUCUGUGCCAAUAGAGGCACCUGCAGCCCGAUCUUUGACACAAAUUCUGACUCCUACAAAUAUCAGUGCACCUGCAGUGAUGGGUACCAAGGUGACACCUGUGAACAGAGCCCAGAGAAAACAAGUGGUGUUGAACCAUAUUACAUUUAUGCGCCCAUCAUAGCUUUCAUCCUGCUUGCUCUUCUUAUUGGUGUAAUUGUUUUUAUCAUAAUUGCAAAAAAUAAACGGGCGACUAGAGGAGCAUACAGUCCAAGCCAGCAGGAGACAGCUGGAUCACGUGUAGAGCUCGGCAAUGUACUAAAGAAACCUCCAGAAGAACGCUUGAUAUAAACAAAUGCAUUGCAUAUGGUGGUCAGGUAGAUCAGGGUGUGGAGAGAAUGGCGGAUGCACCACAGGCCUUUUAAGAUAUCAUCUACAUUUCCUGAGCUUACUAUUCUGCAGCAUCUUAAACCCAAAUGUUCUUGCAAAAGUGUCAGGUGGGGGCACACAGAAUUACUUUGUUUAUACUCAUUGUCUGUUUUAAAGAUUCAUUUGGGAAAGAGUUUGUGUAGACCUUAUGAACACAACAUUGUGGUUGUUGUUGUGCAGACUCAGACUGAAGCCCAGUGACUGUGUUUUAGUUGGGUUUUUUUUUUCAUCCCAGAAGUAAAUUACUCUUAUAAAGGUGCCUAUGGAGAUUCUGGUCACACUGGUUCUUGCCUUAAAGCUGGCAUAGUUGCCUUAUGGUAAAGCCAUCACACACAAAAAAUGCAAACAAUGGUGCGUUUUCUGAUACAGCACCAAUGGCAGAACAGUUCUAUUUUUCACACAAGCAAAGAUCUGAGAAUGAUGCAAUUUAGUUAAAGUGAGUUUGCUGGUGUGUAUCUUAGAAGAGCUGUAAGUUCAUGUAUUCAGCUAAAGCUGGAUAUUUUUUUUUUUGUAAAGGAAGCAUUCAUCAUAAUAAUAAGGAUUACAGGAUCCGUAAGUUGAAUAUGUGGUUUGCAUCUUUUUUUUGUUUUGGGGCUUUUUUUUUUUUUUGCCAAGGAUUGCAAGAGUUCAUCUAUGCAAACAGCACGUUAGAAAAUAAUUGUCAAUGUGUCAGUUGCAGAAUGAACUUUUAUGUGCAUGUUUGUGUUUUCAAAUUUAGUUGUUCUUUAUUCAUUUGUCAAAUGGAAAUGAUAUUGUUUUACAUAAAAAGACAUUACUUUAAAGUUGUUGUUUUGUUGUUGUUUUUUUUUGUUUUGGUUUUUUUUUAUUUUUUUUUUUAGAUUCUUGCAUCAUGACAUUUCUAUUUCUUGUCAAAUAUUGUGCAACAUUCUUCAAGUCUUUAUAUCCUGGUAAAAUAUCAGCAUGGCAGUUUUUGUACUAUGGUAGGUAGAGAACAGCAACAAAAACAGGAUUAGCUAUGGCACCAGAUUAAUACAAUAUUUAACAGCUAAGUAAGCUACUUCAAGUAAAUUUUUUCAAAUGUUUCAAAAGUCUUUUAUAUAAAUCUUUUCUCCCCUUCUUUUAUACAUAGGGUCUAAAAAGUGUUCUUAUCAAGUUGGGUCACUUCUUUCUUUUCAAGAUGCUGGCAGCAGGGGAAACAAUCUGAUGCCAUGCCAUCAUAGUUCUCGUGGUGUCUUGCAGUCUCCCACCCCCAUUCUACUUCACCCCAAUUUUUUGUUUGAAGAUUUUUUGAUUAGACGAUGAUAAAAUGCAGAAAAGACAUCAUAAUUUCAGUGGAACUGUCAGCUGUAUUUUCAUUUUACUCUUGAUUCAUUGGUUAAUAGCAUGUCUGCUGUUGAUUCUACACAGCUUGAUUGUGUGACCUUCAAAGUGUAUCUUACCAAAUAUUUGUAUUUAUUUCAGUAAGAGAGUAUUUACAUCCAUGUAUGAUUGUUGUGAACAUGUGUAUGUACAUUUAUUGAUUUGCACGUGCAUACACCUAUUGGCUCUGUUUCUUUGUAUAAAUUCCUGCAGCAUAAUUAAUAUUCCAAUCAUCAUCAGUGUUAUGAGAUCAAGAUUAUCAAAGAAAGCUAUACUAUGCAAUGGUGCAUUCAUUGCAUAUUUUUAUAAACAGCUUCAUGGAAAACAAUUUACAUUUGAUGUGUAGCUGCUGGUAGUUUUGCACUUAUUAUUAACCAGAUGGAACCAUUGUACUCAUUUAAAUAUAUUCAUAUUUGUAUUUUAUGGGAAUUAAUAAGCAUUUUGGGCCAAAGGCAACACAAUGUGCAAGAUAUGUUUGAAGUACUUUGUCCAUCAAAUACAUUCUUUUGAUCAAUCCAUCCUUAUAACCUGCUUGGAAGGAAGUAUAAUUGUGAAAGUUUGAAUGACCACAACAGUUUAAAGUAUCAGUUUUCAAAGCUGUAGAGGCUUAACUCCAGAUAUGAGUGUGACAAUAAUUUAGCAGUCACUGUAGUUUUUCAUAUUAGGUGGUGAUGGUGUCAAGACUGCUUUUAGUGUGGAGAGUACAAAAAUACUACUUAUUUAACAGGAGAGUGGGAGAUCUUUCAGAGGAUAUAUGCAGACUUCUUGGCUAGAGCCAGGGUUAGUUUGUCAAGACAGCUGUGACCUAGCUUUGCCUGCUUUAAAUAUACCUAAGCUGAGGAUGAAAAACCAUUAUUUAUACACCUAUAACCUGCUAAAUCUUUUAAAAAAUAAAGUUUGAAGUUGUCAAGACAGAGAAAAUCUUCAAAUGUGAUUUUCAGAUUGUAUGUAAUCGAACUUGAUCCUAAAUUGCUGCCAAAGAGAGGUAUUUAAAGCAGGACCUAAUUGAAAAUAUUUUUAAUGUGAAGAGAGCUGUACUUAAAAAUGGUUAUUGUGUUGUUCUAACCAGGAUUUGCCUUUACCAGAUUUUUUUCCUUGCCCUGCACCACUGUAAAGCUGUUGGGCCUAAGCAAGCCCUUGUGAGACUGAAUUUUUUUUUCUUUGUCUUUGUCUUUUUUUUUUUUUUUUGAGUCACAUUCAGAAGACUGAACAAUUGUGUGUGUGUGUGGAGCUAUGUUUCUUGUGCCGUGAAGUAUCUGUUACAUCUUAAUGAAUCCUUGUUGUGAGGGGAGCAAAGAAAUGAAUUAGAGUGUCUUUUGGGAGAAAGCAUGUUUCAACAAGUGUGAAUAUACAGAGAUUACAAGUGACUUAUACACCACACACAUCAUUUGCUGUAUUUGGAGAUUCCUCUGCGGGCUUUGGCGAACACCACUGUUCAAGGAGAAACCUACAGGUUUUAAUAUUUUCAGAAUAGGGGAGGGAGUUGUUCAUGCAUUUUUUCCUUAGUUGUGGAGAAUAACCUUGGAGCAUUAUGCUAUUUUGUUUCUAAUCAUUCAUCAAUUUAAACAUAUCUCGUUUCUUCUACAGCAGUGAAUUCAUUUGCAUUCCAAAGAAUUUUUGCCUACCUCAGUUUGUGCAUUAAUGAAUUUUUUUUUAAUCUCAACCACAUAUUAAAAUUCUUGCAACACUGAAUGAUUGAGACAUGAAAGUCUGAUGGUGGGUUUUUGGGGGGUAGGGGAAUUGGAUGAAAUGGAGUGUCGUGCACAAUGUACGUAGGUUAUUUUGUGAUACCCAAAUAUUAAAAGUCAGCCUGUAUGUGCCUGGGUCUUAAAAAGAUGAAUUACAUGCUUAAGGAUACCCAAAUAUUAAAAGUCAGAUGUGCCUGCAUCUUAUAAUGAUGAAUUACAUGGAAAAUCGGCCUUUUUAUUAGCUGUAUUUUUUCAUUGAUUGGAGACCAGCCAUUUUUCAGUAAUUAAAUUUUGUGGAGGUGAUUGGAUGAUUGAACAAACAAGAAUGAUAUAAAGGUGUUUUCUGCAUGCAGCUAAAAUGGACACGCUAAGAGGAUUUUUUUUUUUUUAAGGAAUGGGAAUGUAAAACAGAGGUGGAUUAGCUUAUAUGUUUUAUGAAGAAAAUGAUGUGUGAUGCAUUCAUUCCAGCCUUUGCAACAUUAGAUGGGACAAGUUUUGUCUGCGGCUGAUCAGGUUUUGUCUGCAGCUGACCAUCUGUGCUGUAAAAGCGAAAGAGAAUUUCUGCUCAAGGAUUCCAUGCCAGUCCUAAUCUCAGGGUUGGUGAUAGAAGUCUGCAGCAUUAUAGAUAACUAUGCACUGUUGGUGUGCCACCUUUUCACAAGAUUGAAAAUCAUUCCAGGAACACCACUCCUGUUUCAGUUUCAUUUCACUAAACAUUGAAUUUUUAAAAAAGACAAACCUGUUUUUCAGUUUAGCCCUUUGAACCUGGGAGAUCAGCUUUCCUGCUUGUUAAACAUGUAAAAAGAUGUAACUUCUCAAAAUUGUUUUCAAAGUUUUGUGAUAGCAGUAAAUUUCUGGUUAUUACCGCUGGGUGUCUGUGUUCAAACUACAAACUUUCUGGAAUAGUCAUUCUCAGGAGGAUCUGUUUUAUGCUGCUUGCAGUUAAUAAAGCUUGAUCUUUUUAUCUAUAGGGUUAAUAUAUAUAUAUUGAUCUUUUGCACGAUGUCAUGAAAAUAUACCUGCGUCCAGAUCAUGUUCUAGCACCUCAAGGGGAAGGAAACCUUUACAGAUUGUUAAACACUGAAUCUGGCUGUGUCCAAUAUGGCGGUUGUGAAAAAAAUGUUUGUGAUAUAAAUGAUAUUAUGCAUAUUCGUCUUGAAUUCUUGUUACUAACCAUAGUGUGGUUUCUGAAGAAAAGACAAAUUUAAGAACCUCACUGUUUGAACAUCUGUACAUAAGGAUCAUGCUAUCAAUCAUGAACGAACAUUUUUUUACAUAUAUUUUAUUGACAAUAAACAUGAGACUAUAAA